CAGCCCGCCCGCCGCCGCGAUGAGCCGCGCCGCUCUGCUGGGGCUCAGGGGGCCGCGGCUCCUGGGGGCCCCUGCCCGUCCGUCCCGCUGGAACGGGCAGCGCGGCGCUGGCUCCGAGCCUCCGGCGGGAGCCGCGGUCCGCAUCGGCUGCGCCUCGGGCUUCUGGGGGGACACGGCGGCCGCAGUGCCGCAGCUGCUGUACGGAGGGAAGUUGGAUUUCCUCGUCUUCGACUACCUCUCCGAGGUCACCAUGUCGCUGCUGACGGCCGCUAAAGCCCGAUCUCCCGCUUUAGGUUACAUUCCGGAUUUUGUCUCCACUGCCAUGGCUCCCUAUAUAAAAGAUAUUCACAGGAAAGGUGUUCGUGUCAUCAGUAAUGCUGGUGGAAUUAAUCCACUUGCUUGUGCAGCAGCCCUUCAGGAGGUGGCAAAGAAAGCAGAUGUUGAUAUGAAAAUAGCUGUUGUUGCUGGAGAUGACCUAAUGAGUGAGAAAGAGAACCUAAAAGGAGCUGGUAUUACUGAUGUAGAAAGUGGCAAGCAAUUUCCAGAGAGCAUUCAUAGUAUGAGUGCAUAUCUUGGUGCAAGACCUAUAAGCAGGGCUCUUGACCUUGGAGCUGACAUUGUUGUGACGGGCAGAUGCGUUGACAGUGGGAUUGUAUUGGGACCACUCAUUCAUUCUUUUGGCUGGAAUAGGGAUGAAUUUGACUUGCUAGCUGCAGGAAGCCUUGCAGGUCAUCUCAUUGAAUGUGGUGCUCAAUGUACAGGUGGAAUAUUCACUGACUGGCAUGCAGUACCAGACUGGCACAACAUAGGCUUUCCCAUUGUAGAAUGUUCCUCUGAAGGAGACUUUAUUCUUUCUAAACCACCAGACACAGGGGGACUGAUCUCUUUUGGCACUGUAGCUGAGCAAUUGGUGUAUGAAUUGGGCAAUCCUCAGCGCUAUCUUUUACCAGAUGUCACAUGUGACUUUUCUGAAGUUUCCAUCACUGAAAUUCCAGGUUUUGAUGGUGGAGCAGUGAAAGUUCUUGGAGCAAAAGGGUCACCUCCUUCACCAUUUUAUAAGGUAAAUGCUGCUUACCUUGAUGGCUUCAGAGCUACUGCUGUCUGUCCAGUGGGAGGUCCAAAGGCAGUACAGAAAGGAAAACUCACUGCAGAAAGUAUUCUGAAAAGGACUCGUCUUAUUUUCAGUCAGCUUGGGUAUGAAGAUUACAGUGCAGUUAACAUACAGGUUUUAGGGUCUGAAGAUACAUAUGGACCUCAUGCUAGAAGGAGUAUAGAUGGUCAGGGACCUCGGGAAGCUGUUAUUUGGCUUGCUGUACACCAUAAACAGAAAGAAGCUGUAGAAAUCUUCUCCAGAGAGAUUGCACCAGCUGGAACUGGAAUGGCACCUGGCCUCACUGGAGUUGUUGGAGGGCGCCCCAAAGUGUCUCCAGUUUUGAAGCCAUUUUUCUUCUAUUAUCCCAAAAGCAACGUUCAGAUCAACCUCUUUUUAAAUGGGCAGCAUGUGGAGACAUUUGAGGAGGAUCUCACUUUUACAUCAGAGGAGGUUGUUUCACUUGAUCCACCUAAGAUUAGUAGUGAAUUGAAAGACCUACCAAGUGGUCCACAUACGUAUCGCUUAGAAGAUCUUGCCUAUACUAGAAGUGGAGACAAAGGCAACUCUGCAAACAUAGGUGUCAUAGCACGGCAUCCCCUCUACUAUCCAUACCUAAAGAAAACUUUAACUGCCCAGGCCUUGGGGAAUUACUUCCAACACCUUUUAGAGCAAGAAAAACCUGAAGAAGAACUAGUAACAAGGUACGAGUUGCCAGGAAUCUAUGGAUUGAAUUUUGUGCUGAAGAAUUCCCUUGGUGGUGGUGGCAUAGCAUCCCUAAGAAGUGAUCCACAGGGGAAAGCACUUGGGCAGAUGCUGCUAGAUUUCCAGAUUAAAAAUGUUCCUGAUUUAAAAUCACUGAUAGAGUAACAGGUGUCUAGUACAAAUGCCUUUAAGACUGAGUGGUAUAAAAACAUGUUAUAAACAAGAACUGACUUCUUGCAUGAGAUUUUUAAAAGAAAAAAAAAAGUCAAAGACUAGAAAUCAGUGGCAAUUAUCUCUCAGAGGCUUAGCUAUAUGGCACACAUUAGUAAGUGUUUUGAGUAAUACCAGACUAAAAGCUUUGUCUGUGACUGAUAACAUCUCCUGUCUAAAUACAUUGGAUGAAGAUUUAAUUUAUUUCCUGUCAAACAGAAUUAAUCAAAUCUCAACACAACAUUUAAUUAGAAGUCAAGUUCAUCUUUGUUCCAAGAUGGAAAGUAUCUCCUCUGCGGCCCAUCUCUCUUUUCCUUCUCUCAGUAUUUAUUUCAAAGUUAAAUGACCUGACACAACUGAGCUCCUCUCAGCCCUGUUUGUCCUGUGCGUAGGGUGAGGCUGGGUAACACUGUGCAGGCAGCACUCCUGCUGCUGGGGAACAGCUUUCCCUUGAGCAAUGAAGAAAAGUCAUAAUUGUUGCUGUUACAGAGUGACUGGUAGUAAAUGCUGACCUUUGGUUGGGAUCCACCAACCUUCCAGCACUUUGUCCUAUUAAUGACAGACUUUAUGAUUACACUUUCCACCAUCUCUUACUAAAAGUACUCUUACUAAGUAAUCCAUUGGUUGGAGGCACUGACUAGUAGUAAAUCAUAGAGCUUGGCAUGAGAAUGAAUUUGAAGGCAUGGACAGGAGAGAGAGUGCUAUGAGCUCUGUCUGCCCUUGUGAUGGUGCAGGAGGGAUGGGUACCUCGUUUUGUUUCAGGGCUCCUAAUUCCUCAUUUUGUGCACCAGAGCCCUGUCUGGAUUCAGUUCAUUUGACUUGCAUUGUCCUUCCCUCAGAAAGGUCCAUGAAUGUUCCACAGAAAGGUCUCCUGCUGUGAAGAAACACCCUGUUGAAUACAGUGUGCUCUCUCUCUCCUCAAGCCCUGUUUUCACCUCCCCAUCUCCCUUCCUGCACGACAUGACUGGCAUGUUCAAAUUAGGAUGCUCCUUCACCCAAUCAAAUAGAGACAUAAAUUCAUAUUUUAUCUCCUGGAACAUGUCAGGGUGAAAAUUCAGACCAAAUAACUUUCUGUAUUUCUUCUGCAGAAGCCAUAUAAAUGCUACUCUGCAUGUUCAGGCAUUUUUGAUAUUCUGAAAUUAAUCUUUUCCUUUAUUUGGGGGAGACUAGACUCUAAUGUUGACAAAAUUAGAUGUUACUAAUAUCAGAUAAAAUUAUGAAAAUAAGUAUUUUUUAAUUGUCAACAGAACUAACUGUUAUUUGUGCCUACAUUGCAAUCUAUGCUACCACUAUUACUAAUUUCCUAGGCUCUUGCUUGCUAUUGAGGUCUAUAGAGUGACUUGUUCCCACCUUUUCUGUGGCUUCAUUCGCUUGAAUUGAAAGUGUCAUAAGUGAACAUUUUACCCAUCUAAACAUGUUAUUCCUUAUCAAGUCAUUAGUAUUAUCUGUGUACACAGCAGGAUUUAGUCUAGUUGUAAAAAAAUGAGUCAUUGUUUCAUUGCAGAAAAAUAUCCAACUUAAUAACUUCAAAGGGGAAAAGAGCAUGCUGGUUUUUUAUGCUUCAGUCAUUGAUUGUUAGAAAACUUGCUAAUAACUGGGAAGCCUGUUAGUUUAGCAUAAAAGACAAAGGUAUUGAGAGGAAAUAAUA